ACCAUUUUCACAGAAGCCAGUCGACGCUCAGCCGAAGCCUCGGUUUAUCUCAGCUUUCUAACCUUAUUGUUGACUUUUAAUGAUCUAACAGAGUUUCUUUUUUCUGUAGCAAUAUCUACUUAACUUCAAUAAAACUAUAUUCAAGUCAAACUAGUUGAACUGGAUGAUGAAGAAUGGCGGCUCUGCUUGUUCUGCUGUGUUUCCUCGCCACGUUGGUGUCUGCUACAGUCGAUGUGACUAAGAUCACUGCAGAACCUGGAGAGAACGCCACUCUGCCAUGUAGAACUCCCAAUAACCGACCUGCUAUAGUUGUAGAGUGGAUCAGAAAUGAAACGGGAGAAGUAAAGCAUGUUGCUCUGUAUCGAGGUGACAGGUUUGAUCUUGAUGGCCAGGAUUCACUUUAUCGUAACCGGGUGGAUCUUCUGGACAGAGAGAUGAAGAAUGGAGACAUUUCUUUGGUUCUGAAGAACGUGACGACUGAUCAUACUGGAACUUAUGAGUGUCGAGUUUAUCAGGAAGGAAAUAAACGAAGGAAGAGAGAUGAAAUAAAAGGUGAUCCCAUCUGCAUCAUCAGCCUUGAUGUAGCCCCUCCUCCUCCUUCAGGGGAUAUGAGAGGACUACAAGAGGAUGGAGGAAACAAGGAUAGAGGAAGCGAGGAUGGAGGAAACAAGGAUAGAGGAAACGAGGAUGGAGGAAACAAGGAUGGAGGAAACGAGGAUGGAGGAAGCAAGUGCCUGCAGGAUUAUGUUGGGAAAGAGGAGGAUUUUUCCGACCAGCAGCUGUAUCAACAGGAGAGGAAUUCCAGUUUGGUCAAAGAGGAACCAGAAGCUCUGCAGAUAAAAGAAGAGAAUCAGAAGCCAGAACAUCCCUGGACAAAAGAGGAAACCAUGGAGCUCCCCAUAGAUGGCAGAGCAAUGACCAGAAUUUGUAACCUGUGA